AAGCCAGCAUCUCCUGAAGUCCUGGGUUGUAAGUGCCUUAUGCUGAUUCGUUAUUCAGUCUCACAGAAUCACAAGUAUUUUACGGAACAUGGAACUUAACUUAAUCAGCAUGAGAUAGCGUACGUGUGUUGUUAUCAGCUCGAAACAGUUUACAGUGGGGGGUCUAUAAAAGAGAUAGACGCUUUCCGAGAAGCUUGAAAUCGUGUGCCAACCGAGGACAUCGUACCAGAAGCUUAUCUUCUCCUACCGUGAGGUUUUUUGAAAUAUUUACUGAGCAUUUAUCUGUGUCCGUCGUGGUAGUGGUGAUGCGAUGAGCUUCGAAGUGCCACCAAGACUCUUCUGUCGCUAAAGCAAGGGCCAGACAUCCGGAGAUAUGAGCAGAUAGCCGCGAACUCAGAGCGUCAUCACGAUGGUAGACAAUUCUAGUCGGUUGUCCUUCCUCACUGGGUCGGGGGAAGUGGACAGAGACGCCCUGUUUGACCGACUUAUGAAUCAUGUAGGUUUAAACGGUAAAUAUCAAUCGAGGUUUAAUUUCGUGUUUAAUUUUGUAUUUGUUAUAUUCCUGGCAAUGCCGUAUCUUAAUUUGGUGUUGGCUUUGACAACACCCGAGCACUGGUGUCAUGUUCCCGGAAGGAAUGAAACUAAUUUCACAGAAGAGGAAUGGAAAAGUCUUACGAUACCCAGGGUAACAGAUGAGAGUGGCAAAGAGUCGUACAGCAAAUGCCAAAUGUACAACGUAAGCACGCAACUGAACACAACAGCAAGUUUGCAGUCAAUGAACAAUAAUAGCACAAGGCUUCAGAUCGUAGGUUGUCAGAACGGUUGGGUCUACGAUCACACGUGGUACACCAGGACGGUGGUCACUCAAGAGAACUGGGUAUGCGACAAGGAACUCUACGUCACGAACACUUUCGUGUUCAGCAGAGCGGGUGACGUCAUAGGAACGUUCGUGUUCGGACAGCUGGGCGACGCGAUCGGCCGCCGGCCUGUGUUCUUCGUGACUCUGUUCCUGCUGGCAGUGGGUCGAUGCCUGACCGUGUUCACUGCCAGCAACUACCCCCUUUUCCUCACCGUCACUGUGUUCGGCAGCGUGUCUCAGUCGGCCGCCUUCCAGAGUCCCCUUGUACUAGGCACGGAGAUGUCUUCUGCGGACAAGAGGGCCCACAUUGCUAUGCUGCAGUGCCUGGGUUGGACGCUCGGCGUGUGUCUCAUGCCUUUGGUCGCCUGGGCAACUAGAGACUGGGUCGCAUUUCUCAUCAUUACGUCAGCGCCUUGCGGAGUUUUCCUCUUUGCUUACAAGUGGUUCCCCGAGUCCGCGAGGUGGCUAGCCGCGAGAGGAGAAACGACGAGAUGUGCCAGGGAGUUGAGAAACAUCGCGAAGACCAAUGGAUCCUCCCUCCCUAACGAUACGAUGUUGACGCUGAGGAAAAUCGCGGCAAAGAAAGAACGGAUUUACGGCCUGGCGAGUCUUUUUUCCAACUGGAGGCUCGCGAAGAACACGACACUCAUCGUCUAUCUGUGGGUGGUGAACUCCAUGACGUACUAUACCCUGAUGCUGAACGUCAGCAGUAUGGACGGCAACCCGUUUAUGAACUUCUUCUGGCAAUCUCUGGUGGAGCUUCCGGGUUACGUCGUGGGGAAGUAUUUUUCCGAUCGCUACGGACGGCGAUGGACCCAGGGCGCCCUCUUCCUCUUCCUCGUUCUGUCCGUCGUCGUCGUGAUCUGCAUUGUCGGACGACCCGACCUGGUUUGGCUGACGACCGCCAUGGUGGCGUUCGUCAAAUUCUGCUUCACGAUCACGUACUACGUGGUGCAUCUGGUUGCCGUGGAAACGUAUCCUACGUGCGUUCGGCAGACGGGAACGUCGCUGGGGGCAGUGAUGGGGAGUAGCAUGGGGAUCCUCGGACCCUACAUCGUCUUCCUUGGCAGCACGUACGAUGUCCGAUACCCGUACAUAAUAAUUGGCAUUGUAUCCGCCACUGGGAUGGCGGCAGCACUGUUCCUGCCGGAAACACUCCAUCAAAGAUUACCAGAGACUCUGGCCGAUGCCCACAAUUUUGGGCACGAUCAGAAAUUCUGGAGCCUGCCCCAGAAACCAGUUUGCACGGAAACUGAAAUGUCUGAAGUUCCUCUGAAGUCUUUGGCCUAAUAAGAGCAUAGACGAAGAUGAAGAUACAUGAAGUUGAGACAGUUUUCUAGGAAUUCACCUGAAAUUAUUUUCAGUUCCAAUUUACGGAGCGCAGACUUAAGCCAAGCCGAGUCGUGCUGACCCACAACGCACGGCUGACCUGUCUAGAGACCUCGCUCUGUCUAUAUCAGGGACUAAGUGAGAUUUGGAGGUCCAAAACGUCACUCAUAACUAAUUAUCAACCCAUUUUUUUAUAUCCUGACGCCAAGUUCCAUCAUCAUUCUUAAAAUGUCGGUGCACUGGUAUAGAAAUUUUUAUUUCUAAUUGAAUCAAAUCGUGUUCCCCAAUUUGUCAAAUCCUGCCAAACUUUCUGAAGACGUAGAUCAGAUUCGCCUCCAUAAAUUCUGUGUUAUUUUUUUUCAGAGCGUAGGACAACGAAUGAAGUCGAAAACGGUGUCAGAUCUGCCAAAUGCACUAUAAGCAGCAGCCAAUAUUAUUUUACCAGCUGCUGUUUUGAGCUCGUUCUGUCAAAAAUGCUGUAUAUCUCCGUAUUCUAAAGUUCUGUCUAUUAAAGUGUCCGCUUAGGUAAAACCAUGCUUCGUCACUGAAGAAAACUUUAUCUAAACCUUCAAGAGUACCUUUUGGUGUGACGAAGUUUCAAUAUGACGACGUGUGGCCCUCGUGGGCUCCUCUGAAGUCACGGCGAUGUCGUCUGUUGGUUAAUCCAAGAAAAUUACGACCGCAAAUGAACAUUGCAAUACUUUUAUAUCACCCUGUAUAAGGCCGAACCAUGUGCUUGAAUCUACGGUCAAAUAUAAAGUUAAGUGUUUGCUCUCA